AUGCCGGCCGCCGUGUCAAUGCGCCUGCGUGCCGAGAUCGAGCCGGGAGACGACUCUCAGGAGGGUUUUGGCUGGAAGGUGGUGUACGGCGACGUGUUCCGUCCGCCUCGGCACGGCAUGCUGCUCCCCGUGCUAAUCGGCCCUGGUGUCCAGUUGCUCUCCAUGACGCUCAUCACACUCGUGUUCGCGUGCCUGGGCCUCCUGUCGCCGGUCAACCGCGGCUUGCUGAUGGCAUGUGGCCUGGUGGUGUGCGCCUGCCUGGGUACGCCCGUCGGCUACGUGUCUGCCCGAAUCUAUAAGUCGGGAAGUGGCGGCGAAAAGUGGGGACUCGACGUGCUGCUGACAUUGACGCUGUGCCUGGGGAUCGUGUUCAGCAUCACGCUGCUGCUGAACCUCGUGCCGUGGGCACACAACUCGUCUGCACCGCCGCCAUGUCUCACCAUACUGACGCUGAUCGGGCUCUGGUUUGGCGUGUCCGUGCCGCCCACUUUCUUUGUCACCUACUUCGCCUUCAAGAAGCACGCGCUGGAGCACCUGGUGAGCGCUGGGUUUCGGCAAGGUUCGUACUACUACUACUACUACUUCUACUACUACAACUACCACUGCUACUACUACUACUACUACUACCACUAG